AGUGCCUCAGCUUUUAGAAAUCACAUAGCAUGAGUGAAAACAUGCACACAUGGGACUGGGUCGCUCCCGAGGUCGAUGGUUUGAGGGUGAACAGAAGUUUCAGCAAUGUGAAGCUCACAAAGAUGGAACGCAGUGCUUUGGACAUGGUUAAUCAAAUGACGUGGCAGGAAGCUGAGCGUUUAGUGGUUCCACACAACGAACAAGAGGUCCUGGUGGCAGCUUUUGGAGACGACAAAGUCGGAUCGUUCGCUAUUCGGCUACAAAGGAAUUGCAUGCUAGACUGUACUUGCAUGAAUGGUGCAGUCCCCAACUCUCGUGGCAGGAAAAAGACGUGUCGGCAUAUGUUCCUCGUCAAUCGCGUACUGAACAAAUCAUUCGAAUGGGAACAACACGUUAAAAGACGAUUGCUUCCAAUCAAUCAAGUUAUUUUAGGAUCAGAACCACGAAAACGGUUUCAUGACGCUUAUGAUAUCACAUGGGAGAAGGCUCAGUUGUUGAUUGCAGGCAAUCACAAGGAUAAGAUUCAAGUUCAUUCGUUCACAGACUAUAGCACAAUAUACGACAUAGCGCUCGAAGAUGAAGUUAUGGUAUCAUGUACAUGUCCAGACGAUAUGUCCAUUUGCAAACAUAUGUAUAUCGGUCAACGAGUCCUUAACAAGCUAGUGACAUACGAAAGAAGCUUUCAAAAUGAAAGACAUCUUACCCUUAAAGACAUUUUGAGGAUGAAGGAGGACAAGGAACUAGAUAAGAAACGAGAAGCUUUUCAAGUGUGGCAGCAGGAAGCAGAGAGUUUGGUAGAACUUGUACGACAGCGAUGGGGAGCUGCCAACGAAGCAUCGUCCUCCGAAGAAAACGCCAAUGACGGCGAGGCGUCAGCUACACCACAAGACAAGGAAAUACCUGAACAAGAGAAAGAAGAGGAGCCAUUGGCGAAGAAACGAAAACUCAGUCAUAGUGAAGACAUAGCUGAUGGAGAGGUCACGGAUGCAUCCUCCGUUAAUGGCGAUAAGAAAGCGGCAGAAAAACGUGCAGCUUUGGAAAGCUUUCGCCAACAAGCUGAAAUGCUGGGCAACCUUGCGCGAGGGCAGAAAAUUGAUGAUAUCGUUCAAACAUGGGGGUUGCAACAGAUCAAUGCCAUCAUUGGAGACCUUCGUAAAAUGAAACAAAUGCUAGGCGCCUUAUGAUCCACGACUUUUUAAUUAAAUCCCGCCCCAUUGGAAUCGAUCGAACCCAAUGUUUAAUACCCUUCACAUUCCAUCACACAAAACUUUUUGCUUUUUGCUCUAUGUUCAACAAUAAAAAAUCUUAACGACGAAUGUCAUCAUCCUUUUAUUGGCCUGUACAAUGGCGUUGGAGGAUUUUUUUCC